AUGCAGAUCCCUGCUAUGCAAAGAAUUUGGAUGAAGUUAAAGAGGCUGAAAAAGGGAUUGAAGCAGUUAAAUGUUGAGGAGUAUAGUAGAAUUCCUGAAAAGAUCCAAGUUAUUCGAGAGAAACUACAACAAGUACAAUUGGAAAUGAGAAUUCCUAAUCACUCAGAGGGAUUGAAGAGCAGUGAAAAAGAUCUUAAAGAGAAGCUGGAAAAGUGGAUUAUGGAAAUCAUUGAAUUCUACAAACGGUUUCUACGAUCAGCAGCAGUGGAAAUUCCAGCUAUUGAACCUAAAGUAAUGAAGAGAGGGAAUGUGUUGACAAGAGAUCAGCAAUUGAAGCUAAUAGCUCCUGUGACUAAGGAACAGAUCUACCAGGAUCUACAAAGUAUAGAAGAUUCCAAAGACCCAGGGUGUGAUGGAUAUAAUGCUGUAUUUUUUAAGAAGACAUGGAAAACUAUAGGUGAUGAAUUAGUUGAGGCAGUCCAAGAGUUUUUCAGAACAACUGAGGUUUACAAGCCAAUUAAUUGCACCACAGACUUUGAUACCCAAAGUGCAGAAUCCAUCCAGAAUAGCUGA